AUGUGUUUUAGUCGUGUUUAUGACUUUCAAAGAGCUCUCUGCGAAGAUCCUAAGCUUAUUGAAGAGUGGUUUCGAUUGGUUGCGAAUAUGCGAGCGAAAUACGGCAUUUUGGACGGCGAUUUCUACAAUUUCGAUGAAAUAGGCUUUAUGAUAGGCAUUAUAAGUGCAGCAAUGAUUGUUACUAGUGCCGAAAGAUAUGGCAGAAGUAAAUCAGUACAGCCAGGCAAUCGAGAGUGGGCUACAGCAAUUAUAUGUGGCAAUGGAAAGGGUGAAACUAUUCCCCCAUUUCUAGUGGUUCAAGGACAGGUUCAUCUCUCCAAUUGGUAUACCGAAACCAAUCUUCCUGCGGAAUGGGCUAUUAAACCUACAUCUAAUGGAUAA